AUGGCGCCCACUAAUACCCACAUCGCUCAGCAACUCCGCCAGCUCAUCUACUACCACCUCGACAAUAACCUGAUCAAAAAUGCCCUCUUCCUGGCUACUCGCCUCGUCGCCUACGAUUCCAGAUCCCCUGAAGCCGCUUAUUUACUGUCCUAUUGCCAAUUCCAAUGUGGUUACGUCAAGGCCGCCUGGGACUCGAGUCGAGCUUUCGCUUCCAGAGGUGCCCAUCUCGGAUGCUGCUAUGUUUUCGCCCAGGCCUCGCUGGAAUUGUCCAGACACGUCGACGGUCUGGCUGCCCUAGAAAAGAGCAAACUCCUGUGGCAGAACCGCAACACCUGGGGUCAACAUAACGAGUCUCGACGCCAACAUCUCCCCGAUGCUCCGGCGGUUCUAUGUCUGAAAGCAAAGUUGUUAAAAGCACACAAAAACCUCGACCAGGCUGUGGAAUGUUGGGCUAGCGCUCUGCGCCUGAACCCUUUCAUGUGGGAUGCCUUUAACGGCCUGUGCGAUGCUGGUGCCAAAGUCAGCGUCCCCAAUGUUUACAAAAUGUCUCCCGAACUCCUCUCUUUGACCCAGUCGGUCGCACAGGCUUCCCAGAAAUCCGAAAAUCAUUCUACAGCAUCAGAGAAAUCCACAAUCACAACUCAUGUUCCUCCGACCAGUCACCAGCCCCAGGGUCCUCCUGAUCCUUUCCUAUCCACUUCAAAAGCAAACGGGACUCUCCACCACGGUAACUCGGUCUUGUGGGAGAAACUCAAUGGCAGUAAAAUCAGCGUCAACACGGCGAGCGCAGUCCUCGAUGAAGAGUCCUCCGCUACUCCUGGUCCGGAUAAUGAUCUCGACCAGGUGGUUCUGCAAACUCAAUUCCACGAUCCUCCAUCCGCACCCGUCCGAAAAAUGAAACCAACUGCAGACCUGCCUUCAGAAGCACCUCCUAGGUGGAAAGCCGGCUCUACACGAACAAAGACAAAAUCAAAACCAGACGACAUUCUGCAAGACUCAGUUCCACCGCUGCCCGCCGCUCCCUCUAAGAGAACAGUCUCCGGCCAACCCGCGUCUUCUCAGCAUCCGCUGCCUGGUACAGCUGAAGGCACCAGGCGUAGCAAUAGGUUACUCAACACCACUCGCCCCCCGAGCGCCAGUAGUACCGCUGGUAGCAAGAUCUCCUCCAUUGCCAACACGCUCGGACUGCGUGAGGGUCGUGAGAUUAAGAGAGCCAAGGCUCCCGUAGUCAAAGGACGAGUUGCUAAUGCUGCGACCGUGGGUAGAGUGGUCAGUGGGAACCGUACACGAACCGGCUCAACUGACGCGAUGGAUGUGGAUGCGAAAGAGCAGAGACCUAUAUCUCAACUGCAACCCGUUCCACCACUCCCAAAUCCUAAACUUCGAGCCGAGCAUAAUGCAAUCAAGGAUAUCGACGCAGUCUCUACACUUCUGGAUCUUUUCGGUAGGAUGGCAUCUGCUCAGCUGGCUCUGUCCAACUAUGAUUGCCAAGCCGCCAUUCAAGCCUACAACGCUCUGCCGUCCGCACAUCGCGAGACCGCUUACGUUCUCUCCCAAAUAGGCAAAGCAUAUUACGAACAAGGCUCACAUGCAGAGGCUGAAAAGUUCUUCAUUCGAGUGAGACAGCUCGCGCCCAAUCGUCUGGAAGAUAUGGAGAUUUAUUCCACGGUUCUCUGGCAUCUGAAAUCCGAGACCGAGCUUGCCUAUCUGGCCCAUGAGCUUGUUGAGGUGGAUAGACUGUCGCCGCAAGCCUGGUCGGCCAUUGGGAACUCCUUUUCGCGGCAGAACGAGCAUGAGCAAGCCAUCAAAUGCUUCAAGCGCUCCACCCAAUUGGACCCCAACUUUGCCUACGGAUAUACUUUGCAGGGCCAUGAAUUCAUCCAGAACGAGGAAUUCGAGAAAGCCCUCGAAGCCUAUCGAUCUGCCAUUGCGGUGGACGGCCGACAUUACAAUGCCUGGUAUGGUCUUGGAAAAGUCUACGAGAAGAUGGGUAAGUGGACCAUUGCAGAACAACAUUAUCGAACCGCGGCCAGGAUCAACCCAACACAUGCCGUGCUCGUCUGCUGCAUCGGAGUGGUGCUGGAGAAACUCAAGGAUCCAGAGCAAGCGUUGCACAUGUACACUCGAGCCUGCAGUCUUGCACCUGGGAAUCCAUUGAGUCGUUUCAAGAAGGCCCGAUGCUUGAUGAGUCUGGCCCGUCCAAGAGAAGCCCUGGAAGAACUCCUGAUAUUGCGCGACGUGGUCCCUGAUGAACCCAACGUGUGGUUUCUGAUGGGCCGCCUCUACAAAACUCUGCGGCUGAAGGCAGAGGCUGUCAGGGCCUUCACCAUGGCUCUCAACCUGGACCCAAAGGCUGCUCAGUAUAUCAAGGACGCCAUGGAAACUCUUGACGAUGAAGAUGAGGACAACUAUGACGAUGAUGAGGAUAUGGAUUGA